AUGCUAGCGUUUCUUCUCGUACCGAAACAGCUCUUGGCUAUAUUGGCAAUUGUGUCUUCUCUCGACGCACAAUUUGCGCUCGGGGCCACAAUUCCACGCGGUACCGAUUUCCGAGAGGGAUUCAAGGCUACUGACUUGGAGCUCAAUCCCAACACAACAGAUCUAAUAGACAAAAGGUGGGACUGGGCGGGCGCGGAUGCCCGCCGGAGAAUCAACGUCGGUUACAAGAUUGUAGGCGGCGUUGGGGCGGCUUACAGCUUCUUUUCCCUGAUUAAGGAUUGCAAAGCCUACAGCGAUGGGGAAAACGACAAGGGGACAAGGUCGAGUUGCGUAUUCGCCGGCAUCGCCGUUACAGCAGCUCUGGCAACUGUAGUAGACCAGUCUACCAUCAUCCAGGGCUCGAUCAGGGAAAAGAUUGCAACCAGCAGCUGGAGUAUGCCCAACUGGCGAGAUCUAUUCAAGCCGAAUUGGACACUACGCCCACAGAACGCACGAGAUCUUGAGAGCCGCACGGAUGAUGCCCUCCAGAUAUUAUCGAAAAAGAUCGGUGCGGAGACGAGGCAUAUAGGAAUGUGGAAAGACACCGAUUCCAAGGUUGCCAAGAGGGAUGGCGUUGCUCAAGAAGUCGCGGUCCUGGGAGCUAAAGUUGACGGGCAUGACUUCCAUUUCGCGUAUCUGGGUGAAGCUGACGGUCAACAUCACUUCAAGCUUGGCAUUGGUAGGCCCGUCAACGAAACUCUGGGAAAGCGCGCAGUUGACCCAUACGUGCACGGAGUCUACUUCGACCGAGGUGGCUUGAACUUCUGGGCAUCGCCCGAGCCCGCCUGGAAGACGACCAACAAGUCCGGCCCGCUGCCAUGGGUCGACACAGACGAGGAGUUUGGCUGGCUCCGGGAACAAACGCAGUGCACUCUGAACAGGUACAUCUGGGGAUUCCAGCAACCUCUUGCCGCCCAUGGCUUGAACUUCCAGAUCUACAACAACAUGAUUGGUGAGACGCUAUGUGCUGGAGGCAUUUCUCCGUUCGGUGCCAACGGUCUGUCGGAUAUCAAGAUGACUGAGAAUUUUGCGGGCGGUGCUCGUAGGAACAAGAAAUGUAUGGCUGAUCUCAAAAUGGACGCCCCAAAAUCUGAGCUAUGA